UCUACCUGCUGUCUGUCACACUUUAUCGAGCAAAUCAUGUUCCCUGCAUUAAUCAUUAACCAGCGACCAGAAAUCCAGCCAAUAGGAUUGCCCCAAUCUCCGAGAUUGGCAGUAGGUUUAAACCAAAGAGAGAAUGACCUCACAAACCAAGUAUCCUGCUCACUGAACCGAAAGAGGAUUGUUUUGUGAUGCCCAUAACCGUGAAAAAUCAUGGCAAAGAUCAAGCUUUUGGAAUUUAUGCUUUUGGACAUUUUGCCGGGAUUAAAAAGCGUUUUGUAAAAACAAUGCAGCCCUUGAAGUAGGAGGGAAUAUUAAAGGCACUCUUCGACUUCAUCUACGGUAUGUUUCGGGAACCAGGACAAAUGGAGGAAAUGCAUGAGGCUCAUUUUUAUCACGAAGAACCACUGCCGACUCAAGUAAACUCGCCUCUUACAUACGAGAAGGGAGGCUUACACUUGAACUUACAUACAGAAAUACACCAAAAUCCAAGACUUGGGCAAAUACGUCGAAACAACGUACCCACAGAGAUACAUUCACCUGAUUUCGGAAUCUUAAAACUUGCUUCGCCCGACCUGGAGAAGAUGUUGCUUGCGUUUCAAUCGGGAACGAAUGAAAGUCCUUCGUCAGCACACGUGCCAGUAAACGCAAUAACAAGCGAACAAGUGGGCUUCGCAAAAGGCUUACCAGAGGUCUUACAGGAACUUCAUGAUAGGCAGGAAAACACGGAGACAAUGAAGUCUAUUAUACCUCAGAUUCAUACGAGCUAUGUGGAAGAAACGGCAAGCUCAACAGAUCAACUUUACCUAACUACGGAUGCAAAUGGGGUAAUCACAGUUGCGAGUGGUAGGGAAAAAUAUCCAAACACCCAAAACUUUUGCCCUGUUUCGUCAGAAAAUAAUACAGACAAACAAUUAGGGCAGACUUAUGUUCUUCCAAGUUAUCCGACGAACGCUUUACUUCCGAAUACAACCGGGCAGCUCUACACGACGCCAUUACGACAUCCUACGGAAGAUCACGACGCCGUCAAUCAGUUACGCGCGCUCACGGCAUACAAUAACGUGCUCGCGACAAACUCCGCGUUUCCGUCGCAAGUUUUUAAACUGGACGAUUCGGCAAUUUUUGGCGGAAACUCGACGCUGCAGCCCAUCGACCUCGAGAUGCAAGAGAUGGUGAAACGGGAAAGAAAAAAACAAAGAAAUCGAGUUGCCUCGUCGAAAUGUCGGAAGAGGAAACUUGAGAAGGAAGCAGUUCUGGAGUCAACCGUGAAAGACUUGAGAUCAAGAAACGUGGAACUGAGUACUCUGGCGAACGCAUUAAAACAACAAAUAUGCGAUCUCAAACAAAAGGUAAUGGAUCACGUGACUGAGGGUUGUCCAAUCACGUUGCACAACGUGGAAGACCCGGAUGACCUGUAUAACGAGGAAGACUGGGGGACGUUUACUGAAUGAACGUAACCGAGAUUGGGAGAUAGGAUUGCUUUGCCGUUUAUAUACAGAAUGGGGGUAUAUACGAGGUUUGAGGAUGAAUCCAGGGUAUAUGGGGAUAUAGUCUGAAAUUUUCUUCUUAAUGAUCGCAAAUCUGAUUCGAAGUCUUCAAGAUUCCCGUAGAUUGCCCGUCCCCGGGAGACUCAGACGUCAGACUACGGGAGAACAAAGGCUCGAUUGAUAGUGCGAUAUGUUGGCCAGGCUUUAUUGAUCAAAGAAAAAGGAAGAACAACGAACAACAUGAUAGAAAUCCAUCUUCGAUCUGGCGCACUUAGAAACAAUGUAUGAAGAUGUAACACCUACUCCUUGUUCUAAGAUCGCUGGAUUUGUUGGUAAAAUACCACGAUGUACAAGAAGGAACAGUCUACCUGGAGUGCUUAUGGUUUGGUUAGAAUAUACAGGGGGGAAGGGGUAACAACAUGCUACCUCGUAGUUUUUUUCUAAAUGUUAGGUUAACUGGGAUACUAUAGGUUCUCCUUUGACUAUGUUAUUUCAUAAAAAAUCAGAAGGGUAUCAUGUUAUGACUAAUCUGAUACUUGUGAAAUUUAAGAAAUAAAACAGAAUGAAAAUUGCAAGCAUUUGC